ACACUUGAACCCUGAAGGCCAAGACAUCUGAUUUCUUCAUGCUCAUAUUGGUAGUUUCCAGCUGCUUGAACUCUGGAUAAAUACAUUCACUAGAAGCACACAAGAACCUGAAACACACACAUCGUAAAGUUCCAAUCAUUUAACUCUGUUUACACAAAAAAAAAACGGAAGGUCAAGAAAACACUUUCAAUGUUCUAUGUCUCAACAAGUGUGGGCACUUCAGCAUGUUCAGUUACCCGCUAUAGGUUUCUAUGGUUCUAUAUACGAGAAUAUGUUUCACUUACAGAAAUGUCAAAACAAAUCGAUGUCCUAGAAGAAAUCAGAUCACUGACACGUUGGAUUCUAUAGAUAUUACGGAAGAACGGAAACAAAUGUCUAUUUAAAGGUAUAAAAUUGAUGUAAAACGAAAUAGUAGAAAAAGUUAAGAUGAUGUACAAUAUUGGCUGAUAGCCCAAAAAAAUAGAGACGAAAGAGUACUACUAUACAAAUCAGCAAAAGUAAAUGGAACCAGCGAGAGGAAAGCUAUUUGAAGCGUAACAUAGGAUUUGCUUGGUCGAAAUCGAAAGGUGUUGUGAGAUAACUGAGGUUUGGCUCUAUUUCAUAGUCACCCAUCAUCCUUACAAGCUCUAUCAUGUUUUGAUCCAUAAGUUAAAAGCUGAGAAUGGGAGAAACCAGCUACCAUUGUAUAGUUGAUGUACCCUGUUUAGUUGACCAAAAAAAAAAAAAGAUGUACGCUGUUUUGAUCAAUUGUGGAGCCACAUCUCAAUGGCAGUUAUUCAGAAAAACAAUAACAAAAUUAGACUUGUACAUACGAAGUAAAUUUGAUAUAUCUAAUUCCACAAUAUUAAUUUAGGUUUUUAAAAAACUUUCUAUGACUAAAACAUAGCAGUAACGUGCUUCUCACCAAAUCAGUAACCUGACUUGUUUGUCAAUGCUCUAAAAGGAAAACAUUUUAAAUUUAGAUUCGGAACCAAUAAUUAUAUCACAAAACUUUGGGGUCAUCUGAAAAUAUAUGGUCAAGUGACCAUACCUUAUAUAUAUUGUACGAGUAUAUACAUAAUUAAUGGUUAUAAACAUGAUUGAUGACCAAAAACAAUUUGGUGCAUUUAUAAAUAGACUAAUACAUUUACAGUCUUUCGAAUCAAUAAGCAGAAAAGAAAAAAAAACAUAAUACGAAUUAGAUAGCCGUGUUAGAAAUCUAAUUAUAUUAUAUGAAGAUGAAUUUCUCAACAAUGUCGAUUGCAUUCACCCUCACCGUUCUCCUGGUGGUUUCUUCUAUUCAUUGCCAAACAAUUGAAAUCGCCACCGGCACAUUUGCACAGGACGAACCCUCGAGUACACUUUGCUUCAAUCCUUGCAGUGACAAACUUGGCGACAAAGAGUGCAAAACCAUUUGUUUGAAUAAGGCAUACAAAGAUGGUUCUUGUAUUGGUUUUGGAAUCCCCCCAACUUCCAAGUAUUGUUGUUGUACAAAAUGAUUUGUUAUUCAUGAAGGUUUGAACUAAUAACAAUAUGAGAAUAAAAAGCAAAGUUUUUGUUCCGUUA